GGUGUGUGCGUGUUGUUUAUGUUGCUGUCCUGUGGCUUUUAAAGCCUUAUCAGCGUUAUCUCGUGACUCGCGAAUCCUUUUAAUGGUUUCAAAAACUGUUCCCAGCAUUCCACGGUGAUGAUGGUUCCCUCCAAAAUGUUGCGCCAUCCCCUAGUGCGGGGAAUGGUAACCUACACAUUUCUCUGGCCUACGGCGAAUCUCGUUCAGCAAAGUUUGGAGGGAAAACGCUUCGGAUCCUUCGAUUACGCUCAAUGCGCACGGUACGGUAUUUAUGGAGCGCUGUACGUGGCCCCAACCCUCUACGGAUGGGUGCGGUUGUCCUCGAUGAUGUGGCCUCGAAUGGAUUGGAGAACGGCAAUCGGGAAAGCGUUGGUCGAACAAGCUACGUACGGUCCGUUCGCUGGAGUAAGCUUCCUUUUCGUGAUGACGCUGCUGGAAGGACGGUCGGCAAGCGAGGCAGCGCGAGAGGUGCAGCUGAAGUUUCCACAUACCUAUGCCGUUGGACUAACUGUAUGGCCGUUUGUUCAAACAAUUAACUUUGCCCUCGUACCCGAACGGCAUCGCGUGCCAUUUGUGGCGGCGUGCAGCUUCCUCUGGACGGUAUUUCUUGCUUCGGUAAAGCAACAAGAUCCCGAAACGGGCAUUCCAACAACCAAAUAGUGUGACCUGGCGUUUCUCAUUAGUUGCCACGUGAUAGUGCUCCACCCCUAGGUAAUGGACAAAGUCCCAAACUCCAAUCUAUGGAUUAGAUUGCAUCGGUUAGCAUAGGAAAUAUAAUUUCAGCAGACAGUUAGGACAGGAAGGAUCGACGAGUGGGGUUUACGAAUUUUAGAUAUUUUUUGUAGAAACGAAUCCUUCAUUAUUAUUUGUUGUGUAAAUAACAUCAAUCUAGACAAAAUAUUACGGCAAACGAAAGUAUCUGAGUAUUAAGGAAAUUAGCUGUUAGCCCAUGACGAAGAACCAGAUAAUACGAUUGCCUGGGCGAAUCUGAAGGCUGAGCGUUCACUGAAUUAAAUACCAAUGAAAAGCGGUUUGUUAUUUGCAUGCAUAAAGUAUA